AUGCCGCCGUUGCAAAGCAGCGGCACGACGACAUCUCUGGCUUCUUCAACCACAACUACCUCAAUUUCCGAUACUGGGACUUUUGUCGUAAAUAUCACAUCACCCACAGCUGCCACCACUACAUCCGUGGACUCCGAGACGAGCAACUCAACCCUAGGCACCGGGGCUAUUGCUGGCAUUGCCGUUUCCUCCGCCUUUCUCAUAGGAUCGGCCUUAUUCGUCGCCUUCAUGCUACUCCGACGUCGUCGCUACCGACAUGGCCCGGUACUCAACACCCAUGAGACUGAGACUUAUGACCACGAACAGACUGUUCCUGCAGAAUUGCCUGACGAGAAACACAACCUUAUAAAUCCCCACACCCCGUCCACAGCCUCGGACGCAGGACAGGGCCGGCCAGUCUCGGACAUGACUCUGAGCAUGUUUUCACCCAGUCCGCUCAGUACGCCGAGAACUCCAGGCUCGCCGUAUUACUACCACGGCGUCGGCCAAGCCCCUUCGGAGUUGGCGGAUCAGCCAAGGGCUAUACACGAGAUGCCGGCAAUCAAUGAACGGGUCGAGAUGCCUUGA